CACUUACCGGUUUUCACACAAAUAUAACGACAGUCUUAGCCGGCGUUUCGUGCAAAUCGGUCAUAUACAGCUGGCUUUCAAGAAAUUCUCCUCAGUUAUCUACAGAAGUUAUUUACAGAAGCAAGUUACAGAAAUCGGAUGAGUCAUGUAUUACGCGCAUAAUCUCAUGAUGAUCAAAAGAAUGGCGGACGCAAACAAAGCAACGCCAAAUUCCGCGGGCGUCCCUCGCCUCGAGGUGCUCGACCGAGUGAAAAAUAUUCCGGUAGUCCAUUCGGCGAUCGAGAAGACGGGCUCUACAUAUUCUUACGUUAAAGAUUCUCAUCAUUUGGUAAAUUGGGCAUUGAGUCAAGCCGAAGCGGGGCUGAAUCUCGCGACCGCCACGGCCGUGCCGCUCGCCGUACCCUUAGUCAAGAAAUUCGAAGGACCGAUCAGUGCUGUCGACCAGAAGUUAUGCGAGGGAUUGGACAUGGUCGAACAAAAAGUUCCGAUUGUAAAGCAACCACCUCAGCAGAUAUACGAUGCCGCGAAAGCGGUUAUGAGCAGCUCCCUACAGCCGACACUCGAGAAACUCAAUACAGCAAAGGAAUCAGCCACGCAACAGGCAUCUACGCUGAAAGAGAUCAGUAUGACUAAAGCGAAUGAGCUCUUAAACACACAAUACGGAAACAUGGCUGUGCAAGGCGUUGACAACACCAGCGUGCUCGUCAAUCGUUUAUUAGAUCAUUAUUUCCCGCCGGUGGAAGGAGAAGAGAAUAGGCCAAAUCCUGUCUCUGCGGAUGAGAACAAAGUGCUUCACGCGGUGCAAACGAUUGGCCAAUUGUCAACGAAAACCGCUAAUCGUGUUUAUCAUUCGGUUGCCGCGCAAUUAAAGACAGUAAAGAAGGAGGACGUGGCAACGUACAUAUCCAAUGUGGUAUCUAUUCUCCAUCUUACGCAAUAUUUGAAUCUCGGACAGAAACAAGCCGACAACAAGGAGGCAAACAGCCCGACGGAGAACAAGGACGAGGAGAAAAAAUGAACCGAAAGUUUGAAGAUACUUUA